AUGAUUGGUCGGGAAAGUACGUUCUCCGGGGGCACCUCGUUCUAUCCUUCGACAAUGUCGAUCACAUCUUCCGGGCGUCGAUCGAAGAACUCUCGUCUACGGAAUGAAGUAAUCAGGAGUCCGGAAGACGCUUUUGUUGAUCUGUUUCCACGAACACGCAUUCGGCUCGCCAACAUGGCUUAUGAGCCAGCUCAGCCCAUAGAUCAGGAGAACAUGACUACAGACGAAUUGCGGAGGCGAAUGCUGAGCAUUGUGUUUGGUUGGGAAGACGAUAUCGAGCCCCUGAUCAGGGACGAGCUGAGCUUUCAUCAGCCUGGGUCCACCAGCGCCGUAUUGCUAUCGAAAUGGCUUGGUGAGGUUGAUUCAGAUAUGAUGGCGUCUGCCAUUGCUUCGGGUAAUGUCAGCUCAUCAGACUGGAUGGUCCUCGCUCUAAGUCAAAUGGGAGGUUCUAAUCCAAUGGGCAAAAUGGGUCAGGCUUUUGUGCAGAGGCUGCUCCAGCAAGGAGAUUUUCACACAUCAGCUACUAUCCUCCUCGGUCUUGGGGAUCGAGAGGAUGCCGUCGAAGUUUACGUGGAAAGAUGCUUUUUUAUGGAAGCUAUUCUAUUGACAUGCCUCAUCUUCCCCCUGGACUGGCAGCGACAAGCCCAUCUGGUCAGGCGAUGGGGAGAGUUUGUGGUUGAAAACUCACAACAACAGCUUGCCAUUCGAUGUUUUACCUGCACCGGCGUCGAGCCACCAAUUCCAUGGGGCUCUCCGUCCCCGAGAGUGUUGGACUCGUCCUCCCAAGCUCCUUCGACCAUCUCAAGCAUGCUCAGCCCACCGUCGUCACCUCCCCUCGACAGAAGACCAACACAAAGAAUGACCGCGAAGAAUUCUUCGCUCAAGGUCAUUACAUCUUUUGAAAAUACCAAAAAUCAAGCUCAAUGGCGGUUCGGAGGCGCGGAACCUCUCUCGAUCGAUCGAACUCCGACAAUGGCUCCUGGGAUUACGCCCAUUGCCGAGUCUGCUAUAUCUGAGGGUGCAACACCCGGUGGGUUUAUGUCCCGUCGUGCAGCCACGCCUGGCGGCUACCGACAGCGACUGCCUUCUAUUGGGGAGACCCCAGUGGACGUGAAUGUCCCUGCCUUUCCAAGGCCUUCGAAGCUACCCACGCCCGACAACUCCGGCUCGGACUUUGAGAGAGAACGAGAAAGACUGACGAAGUCGCAACCGGCCCAAGCGCAGAGGCAGCAAUCGCAGGUGGAAGAUCUCCCGCCACUCCUGAGCUCUGCAAGAUAUACCCCAGUAAGCACACCUAUCAACAAGACCCCUAGUACGGCGAUACCACAGACCUCAAUACGAACAACUGUGCUGCCAAACCCCGCGCAAGAUGCUUUCACCGCCUUUCAAGAGAAGCAGUCUCGGUCUCGUCAGCACUCGAAGGACCGUAAACCCGAGGGGCUCCAUAUACGCAUGCCUUCGCAGGAGCAAAUACAGACAACUUCGUUUGUCUCGAAGGGCGAUAUCGUCAUGGGCUCGUCGGAGCUUAAGACGUCCAACACACUUAGCUCGGCAUACUCAGGCGGCCUCAGGACUGGCAGAAGUGACACAAGCGCGAGCGCGAAGAGUCCUUCACUCAGUGGUGCGAGCUAUGGAGCUUCAGCCAAAAGUCCGAGCGUUAGUGGUCGGAGUAUUGACGAAUACAUACGUAGUGUAGAUGCCGCAUCGAAUCAUUCUCGAAGGUAUAAGCACAAGAAACGGCAAGAAAGUAGAGAAGGACGAAGCGAGCGCAAAGCGUUGGAUGGCCAUCGACAGAGCGAGCAGUCUGAAGACAGAGGAAGAGACGGCAGGAAGUACGUCCGACCUGCUAAGCGAUCUCCGUCUUCGCCAGUACCAAUGUCACCAGAUCAUUACCAGUACGAAGCUGAGGGAUUACCAAGCGAUGCCAUUACGACUAGUAGCGAGAGCAAGACUGCUCGUGAUGCUUUUGGCGGACGACAAGUGAGCCAAAAGUAUCGUUCCGGUUCAAAAGUGUCAGAGCUUUCGGAGAGAACGAUCCGCAACCGGUCGCCAAGUGGUCAAUUGGACAGCCAAUACGCAAGUACAACACACAGCAGAGUCAGCAGUCGCCAACAGAGCCCACGAGGAAGGCUUGAAUCGAAGCGUCGAGGACGAAGUCAAUCAAAAAAUCGCGCAGGCUCUGCAGCAGGGUCGCCACCUUCUCCGCUCCCAUUAUCUCCUCGAACUGGGACUUAUCAUAGCAGCGAUGACGAGACUGAUCCAUUCCGCAUUGUAGCAGCCAACCGUGAACGGAUUAGAUCCAGACAUCGGAGUGGCAGUAGGCGGCCUUCAGAUCGAGGCGUCUCCCGUGCUUCGACUGAUCGCCGAAGGCGUCAUACAGAAGCUCGCUCAGCUCGUGCUUCCGAAAUUGAUGAGCCACGCUCUGCUGUUGAGCCAAGGCGCAAUUCUGAUCAGCUCGUAAAGCAGACAGAGGCAGCUGGCCGUGGUUUUACAGCCCAAGAGGUUCGGCGGAAGGAGCUUGCCGCCAGGGAGCUUGAGGCGCGGCGAGAGUCUUUGCUCAGAAAUCCAGAAGCACCACCAAUUCUGCGACCUGAGGACGUCUCAAGGCCGAGCCCGUUCGGUCGUGCACAGACAGACUUGACCAACAGCCCGUCUAGCUAUCAACGCUCAGCCACCUCGGAUCGGUUCCCACCAAACUCAGCAAAUUCCGUGUAUAGCGAUAGAGGCAGCCGAGCAGGAGCAGCGACAGUUGCACCAUCAUACGGUCUACCCGCUACGCCUCGAGCUAUGCGCCAUCCAAGAUAUGACAGUAAGGAUACCGACAGCAUCCCCGCUGUCCCGGAAAUUCCUGGAGACGUGCAAAAUAUUCCCGAGUUGUAUUAUGCUGGAGGUCCAAUGCGCGACAUACCUCGCUCAAUGUCCGCUCCCAUUCCUGAACAGCCACGUCUUCCUAUGCCUGAACAUUUGCCUAAUCAUCCCGCCUUUCACAGGGGUCUGAAUCCAGAGAGGCGUCCUAGCCAAUUUCAACCCCUCGGAAGUAUCGGGCAGCAUCGACGAAAGGGCUCAUCGGACGCGAAUGCAGCGAAGCACCCACCUGUUACGGCAGGUAUCGAUGAGACCCUCUACGCCGACAGCCACCCCUACAGAGCAAGCGAACUAGCUCCUCCUCCACUCCUCCCAGAACUCCAGCACCUGAACAUGCAAGCCCCACCUCCACCACCUCCGCCCCCGCCAGCACCAAGAGAUCCCGAAAACAGCUCUCUAAGCAGCAACAGUAAUGUCGGCGCCAUCAACAUAGUUCUCGACGACGAACCAGGCGACGAAGCAAAUGUUGUGGAAGUUCCACCCGCCCCGCCAGCUGUCACGGCGCGAUCCCCGCCGCCUCAUUCAACGCGCUCGCCACCUCCGUCAGACGGCGGCGCGGGAAGUCAACACAAGCGGGGCAGGAGCGAAAAUUUCAAGAGCGGAUUCAAGGGUAUUACGGGACGGCUGAGGAGCAAUUCUCGCGGAAGGAAUGCAAAGGGAACGGAGCAACUGCAGCAGCAACCGACGCCUAAUGGUCCGAGUUCGUAUGAGAGUGUGCCGCCGCUAUACUUCUAG